UCCAAAUAAAAAAUCGUGAAAUUCUCCAUCUACCAAAAUAACAUUCAGAAUCUGAAUUUCAGAUCUCACUUCACUUGUUUGAGAAACAAAAACACAACAUUGAAUUACCACCCUAACAUUUGCUACGAUCGGAACAAAGAACGAGUAGCCAUCCGCCGCCACCGAUCUGCGCCGCUUGCACCAUGGUCACCGCACUGAAUUAGGAGAGACACUUCAUUCUCACUAGGGUUCAGUCAGUGGGUUUCGCAAUCUCAUUCCGCCAAACUACUUUGUUUUUUCUUUUCCUUUGGAAAUGGCAGCAGCAAUUUACAGUCUUUAUAUCAUCAACAAGUCCGGCGGGUUGAUCUACUAUAAGGAUUAUGGGUCUGCCGGACGAAUGGAUACCAAUGACAGUUUGAGGGUGGCAAGUUUAUGGCAUUCAAUGCAUGCGAUCUCUCAGCAAUUGUCACCUGUUUCAGGUUGUUCAGGAAUUGAACUUCUCCAAGCAGACACAUUUGAUCUUCAUUGCUAUCAAUCACUGACAGGGACGAAGUUUUUUGUGGUCUGUGAACCUGGAACUCAACACAUGGAAAGUUUAUUGAAAUAUAUAUAUGAAUUGUACACUGAUUAUGUUUUGAAGAAUCCUUUCUAUGAGAUGGAGAUGCCCAUUCGCUGCGAGCUCUUUGACAUCAACCUAACACAGGCAGUGCAAAAGGACCGUGUUGCAUUUUUGGGGCGCUGAGUUUGAUUUGAUUUGAUCCUAUUUUCUUGUCCUUCAAUUUCUAUAUUCUGAUGUGUACAUAAUCUAACAAGUUUCAAACUUUCAAUUCAAUUGCUUGUGAGGUACUUCAUUCUUCUACAAUGACUAGCAUCUGUAUUUGGUUUUUUUUCAGCAAACUAAGCGUGUAUGGGUAACAAAAAUAUGUUGUUUCA